AGGAUCGGUCCUCGGGGCGGAGACUGGCGAGUGGAAUUGGCUCAGGCGGGUGUGUAAUUGGCCGCGGGAACGGGACCGCGGAAAAUUGAUGGAAUCGGCCUGGGAAACGAGGCCCUGGGUGGCCUCUGAGGCUCCGGCCUCGAAGAAGGUUCAAGAGGGGUCCAAAAGUCAAAGGCGCCGGUGGUGGCGAAAAGCCAGAGCCAAAGCCUCACGGCUCUUGCAGAGGAUGGACCUGCGCACCAUGACACAGUCGCUGGUGACCCUGGCUGAGGACAACAUGGCCUUCUUCUCCAGCCAGGGCCCCGGGGAGACCGCCCGGCGGCUGACGGGCGUCUUUGCGGGCAUUCGGGAGCAGGCCCUGGGGCUGGAGCCGAUCCUGGGCCGCCUGCUGAGCGUGGCGCACCUCUUUGACCUGGACACAGAGACGCCAGCCAACGGGUACCGAAGCCUGGUGCACACGGCCCGCUGCUGCCUGGCGCACCUGCUGCACAAAUCGCGCUACGUGGCCUCCAAUCGCCGCAGUAUCUUCUUUCGCACCGGCCACAACCUGGCCGAACUCGAGGCCUACCUGGCCGCCGUCACCCAGCUCCGCGCUCUGGCUUACUAUGCCCAGCGCCUGCUGACCACCAACCAGCCCGGGAGGCUCUUCUUUGAGGGCGACGAGAGGGUCAUUGCCGACUUCCUACGAGAGUACGUCACGCUGCACAAAGGCUGCUUCUAUGGCCGCUGCCUGGGUUUCCAGUUCACGCCCGCCAUCCGGCCGUUCCUGCAGACCAUCUCCAUCGGACUGGUGUCCUUCGGGGAGCACUACAAACGCAACGAGACCGGCAUCAGUGUGACCGCCAGCUCCCUCUUCACUGGCGGCCGCUUUGCCAUCGACCCUGAGCUGCGUGGGGCCGAGUUUGAGCGGAUCAUUCAGAACCUGGACGUGCACUUCUGGAAAGCCUUCUGGAAUAUCACCGAGAUCCAGGUGCUAUCGUCUCUAGCAAACAUGGCCUCGACCACCGUGAGGGUAAGCCGCCUGCUCAGCCUGCCACCCAUCGCCUUUGAAAUGCCUCUGACCUCGGACCCGGAGCUCACGGUCACCAUCUCACCCCCGCUGGCCCACACAGGCCCCGGGCCCGUCUUCGUGAGGCUCAUCUCCUAUGACCUGCGGGAAGGACAGGACAGCAAGGAGCUCAGCGGCUUCAUCAGUUCCGAGGGCCCCAGGAGCCUGGAGCUGCGGCUGCGCCCCCAGCAGGCACCCCGCUCCAGGGCCCUGGUGGUGCACAUCCACGGUGGCGGCUUCGUGGCCCAGACCUCCAAGUCCCACGAGCCUUACCUCAAGAGCUGGGCCCAGGAGCUGGGUGCCCCCAUCCUCUCCAUUGACUACUCCCUGGCCCCCGAGGCCCCCUUCCCCCGGGCGCUUGAAGAGUGCUUCUACGCCUACUGCUGGGCCGUCAAGCACUGUGCCCUCCUGGGCUCAACAGGUGAGCGGAUAUGCCUCGCCGGAGACAGCGCCGGCGGGAACCUCUGCCUCACCGUGUCCCUUCGGGCAGCAGCCUACGGGGUGCGGGUGCCAGAUGGCAUCAUGGCGGCCUACCCGGCCACCAUGCUGCAGUCCACCGCCUCUCCUUCCCGCCUGCUGAGCCUCAUGGACCCCCUGCUGCCUCUCAGCGUGCUCUCCAAGUGCGUCAGCGCCUAUGCCGGUGAGGAGACUGAGGACCACCCUGACUCAAACCAGAAGGCGCUGGGCAUGAUGGGGCUCAUGCAGCGGGACACAGCCCUGCUCUUCCGAGACCUCCGCCUGGGCGCCUCCUCAUGGCUCAACGCCUUCUUGGAGCUGGGCGGGCAAAAGUCCCACCUGAAAUCGGUGUCCAAGACCGAGCCAAUGCGGCGCAGUGUGUCUGAAGCAGCCCUGACCCAGCCGGAGGGCCCACUGGGAACGGACUCCCUCAAGGGGCUGAAGCUGCAUGACCUGAGCCUCAGGAACAGCUGCGAGACACCAGACACCCCGGAGCUGUCACUGUCAGCGGAGACACUCCGCACCUCCACACCCUCAACCGUCAACUUCUUACUUGGGUCUGAGGAUAGAUCUGAAGUGUCUGAGGCUCCAGAGGAGCUGAGCAACAAGGACCGAGUUCGAGGUGUGGGCGCGGCCUUCCCCGAGGGCUUCCACCCACGGCGCUGCAGCCAGGGUGCCAUGUGGAUGCCCCUCUACUCGGCCCCCAUCGUCAAGAAUCCCUUCAUGUCACCUCUGCUGGCACCCGACAGCAUGCUGCAGACCCUGCCACCGGUACACAUCGUGGCCUGCGCGCUGGACCCCAUGCUGGACGACUCGGUCAUGUUCGCGCGGCGGCUCCGCGGCCUGGGCCAGCCCGUGACGCUGCGCGUGGUGGAGGACCUGCCGCACGGCUUCCUGAGCCUGGCGGCGCUGUGCCAGGAGACGCGGCAGGCCGCCGCGCUGUGCGUGGAGCGCAUCCGCCUCGUCCUCAAUCUGCCCGGCCCGCCGGUCUGAGCCGGGCACGGAGCCAGGCCCCGCGGGGAGAGGGGGGUCGCGGGGGACCACACUAAAGGCCGCUUGUACCCAUCUGCGCAGGGCUCCGUGGUGAACGCGCCUCGGGAAGAGCAGCGGGGACCCCGGGCCCGGGGCUCCCCGGCCCAUCCAGGCCCUCGGGCUGGGUGGAAGGGGGCAGG